AUGUCUAACGUAUUUUUCGACGUCGAAGUUGACGGCCAACCAUUGGGUCGCAUCACUUUCAAGCUUUACAACGAUGUUGUGCCAAAAACCGCCGAAAACUUCAGAGCCCUGUGCACUGGCGAAAAGGGUUUCGGCUACACUGGCUGCCCAUUUCACAGAGUGAUCCCCGACUUCAUGUUGCAAGGUGGUGAUUUCACUCACGGUACCGGUGUCGGUGGCAAGUCCAUCUACGGCGGUAAGUUCCCAGACGAGAACUUCUCCAAGAGACACGACAAGCCAGGUUUGUUGUCGAUGGCCAACGCUGGUCCUAACACCAACGGCUCUCAGUUCUUCGUCACCACCGUGCCAUGCCCAUGGUUGGACGGCAAGCACGUCGUCUUCGGUGAGGUCACCGGUGGCCAAGACGUUGUCAAGAAGAUUGAGUCCUUGGGUUCUCCUCACGGUACCACCAGAGGCCGCAUCGUGAUUGCCAAGUCUGGUGAGUUGUAA